AUGAAGAAACGCCAUACAGUUGAACACCUGGGUUGGAUACAUAACGUCAGAGAUAGAGUCUUACAUCACGGUGCGGCAGGGCAUAAAGAAGUGUCGGAGUCGGACCUUCAGUUCAACGCAGGCGAGUUGUUCGUCAAGAUGAAGUUGGUACGCGUCGCACCAUACGGCAGCGACGUGAUUUUUUCGCAUGCCAUUCAGCCCCCAUUCGCGUGGUUCAAUAAAGUCAUUCAUGAGGAGCAUCUCCCCGAGCUCGAUUUUCAGGAGAUGUUCGACGAUGCAAUGGACAUCAAAUACGCAGUCGUUGACGAUUGUGUACUAUGUUUUGCUAGCUAUAUAUGGUAUCUGCUGAGUUGGCAGAGCAAGACACUAUCAGGUCUGAUAAGUCUAGCCCUUUGCGUAGCUGCCUGGAAGCAAAGCCUCAUAUACGCAUGUCUCUGGGCCAUCGCCACAGUACUUUUGUUGCUAAACGGCUUCGGAGUGCAACGACAGAAAAUGACGACGUCAGGGCUGAACGCACCUCUGAACAAUAAAGGAUUUGAGAUCGUAGCUGGCUGGAAUAGCAUCCUUCAAAUGGAAGCGUUCCUCUUACGCGUUGUUAUACACAAGGGUGGCGAGGUUGAGUCCGAACGGGAACUCCGUGAUUUCGUUACGAGGGGGUUCAGGAAGGGCAUAUCGUCCUUCACACUUCAAGAUGUGAUUCACGUGCUGAAGGAUAUGGAUUGGGUCACCCCCCGCGGCAAGAACGUCGAGGAGGCCAAGAUCAAACCGGGGAGCAUGGUGAGGAUACACGAGAGGAGGCGUGCGACAGUGGACAAGGUCUUCCCACCAGAACAGGGCACUGAUCGCAAGCGGAUCGAAGUUCACUAUGACGAGUUGGAACAGCAUGAGGAGACAACCGCCGAGAUUUGUUACGAGGAUGAAUUGCACGUUCGCACCGUGAUGCCGCAGGUCCCAAAAGUUCUGCUCUCUGGCAAGGUCAAGCAGAAUAUUCGGAAGAUCGGUUGGCAGCUAGAUUCUGGCAAGAAGUCAAAUCUCCUGCCCGUGCUCCGCCUCAUCAGCGACGUUCUGACAUGGAAGCGGCCGCUGCUGACUGCCCUGAUUGCCAUCUAUCUUGUGUUCAGGCUGGUCAUGGCCGUGUUGGCCCUCUGUCACCCGAAGAAUGGGUUCGUGACCUCGUUCGUCUGGGUCAUGCGGAACGCAGGGAACAUCUUCCUGUUCGCCGCCGUCGUCGCAUCGUUCAUCCUCUUCGCCCAGCCGCUGAACUGGCUCAUCCCGCUGAUCCGGAUGCUCAGUGGCUGGCUCGUCAGCAAGCGGCGGGCCCCAGCGAUCUGGGCGUUCCACACGCCGCACCUGGACCUCGCGUGCGCCACCAAGAGGCUCCCCGGCCCCCAGGAGCCCCACGGUCCGUCCAACGCGGAGCUCGGCGACGGCGUCGACGAGGAGAGCGGCGGGGCGUCGGUGGCCUCCAAGGAGGCCGCCGCACCGCUGCUGCGGCGCCCGGGGGCCCGGCGCGCCUGGCUGCCCUGCGCGGGGCGCGCGCCGAGGGAGGACGGCGAGUGA